GCUUUAUACUAUGGACUUGCUCGAUCAGCCGGCAAGCUCCGAUGACUCCCAAUGUACCUGACUCACUUGUUUGGGGGUGUUAUUAUAUCGAGUGUAUUUCCAAUCCCUGAAAGGCUGCAACUCGAGUGUUUAAAGUCUCUUGGCACCGUUGCAUAUAAUCGAAACUAGACUUCAAAAGGUCGUUUGACCUCCCUGCACAUUCGAAUCCGGGUAAAGGGACUCGCUGUGUUGUGACGGCGCACUUGAUUGGUUUGUGUGUUAAAUGAUCCCAACGGAGGCAGCAGUCUUCGUAUACAGACUGAACGCGGAAAUAAGCACUCGACCAAGUUCUCUGUCGUGGAAAGUCAUACCAGCAGAAGGAUACAAAAAAACACCCCCGAGACCUCUCAUGAUGCUGUUAUUGAGAAGCUUCAGAAUUGCAUCUUCAUCCAUCCUUCUAUUUAUCUUCAUUGUACCGCUAUUAGGGAUAACAGUCGAAGCAGGUUAUGACAACAAUGAUGGAAUCUAUGAGAGGAAAAGCUCUGCUGUCUUCAACGACCUCGCCCUGCGUACAACUCGUCACAGCGCAUCAAGGGAUGACCCAGGGAUGGGGAAGACGAGGUUUGCACGUCAGACUUCAGGAGGCUACUCUCGGGAUGACAUACAGGCUAUGCUGAAUGCUCAUAUUGAAUAUCGUAGGAACGUUACCCCGCCAGCUGCCGAUAUGAACAUCAUUACGUGGAAUACGGAACUGGCCAACUUGGCACAGGGUUGGGCUCAGGGUUGUGUGUUUGAGCACGGCUUUCCAAGCGAUCCGCAAGCUUACAACGGUCUGGUGGCUCAGAACAUAUGGAUGGGAAGCCAGAGUUAUGGUCUAACACGCUCAGUCACGGCUUGGUAUAACGAAUACAAGGACUAUGACUACCCAACGGCAACAUGUUCAGCCGGUGCUGUAUGCGGUCACUACAGAGUGAUGAUAUAUUCUGAACUGGAAUCUAUUGGAUGUGGUAGCGCUGCAUGUAACAAUGGUCGGGAUGUGCUGACUGUAUGUAACUACGGCCCAAGCGUACCGAACAAAGGAGUUCCUUACAAAGCUGGGCCGCCGUGCGCGCUGUGUGCUUCUGGGACUGGAUGGUGCAAUAACAAACUUUGCCAGUCCGGUUGUGAUGGGGAAAGCGAGCAGUGCAAAUGCAGCCUACAGUGCCGGAACUGCGGUGAACUGAACAGCGCCCUCUGUAAAUGCAACUGCAAGGCGGGUUGGCGAGGCACCGAUUGUUCAGAGCCUUGUAAUGAUUACAAAAGUUACUGCAAUGUCUACAAUGCGGCAGCGUGUGAAGGUGAUUCUGGGGCACAGAAAGACUGCCCAGCUACUUGCGAAUUGUGCGCUAUAAUUAGUGCUUCAACACCCUCUGAAGCAAAGUGUUGUGACGGGAAGAUGUGUGAGUCGGGUGAGGUUCUCAAAGAGUCGUCUUGUGAGUGUGUUGACUACAUGUACCUGGAAAAGACCAAGCCAAACGUCGUGGCUCCCGUUACCGUCAGCUGGACGUGCGUACCAGCCCUUGCUGUUCUAGUGACAUCUAUACCUGUUCUAAUGGGAUAGAAUUCACCUCUCUGGAGGCCGUGGGCUAGUGGAGCAAAAUUACAGGCAGACUAACAGCAAACGGUUCGAAAUGGCUGAAACCAAUUUAUCUCUUUCCUAUUGGCUGAAACAGUCGCACACAAAUUUCCGUUGCAUUUCUGACUGGCAGACACGAAUUUCAUGUGUAUCGCUUGUUGGCCGACACGAAUUUCUCGUGUAUUUCUGAGUGGCCGAUAUCAGUGAAUCUUUUUUAUACAGCUGAUUGCUCGACAUGCGUUUUUUUCGUGCAUAGCUGACAGGCUGCCAACGUUUUCUUUAACACGCUUACAUGUUCUUUUUACAAAUCGGUGAACACUCAUUUCCGCAUCUCAUCAGUCACAUUCUGUUCGGCCAAACUGGAAAUCGAAAACACAGCAAACUCUGAAUUUAAACACAUAAUUAUAUGCAUGGAUAAAUCUGCUAAAACUAGUCAUAUGAAGCAGUUAAGAAACCACUCAUGUCAAUUUAACAAUUAAAUUUAAUGUCAUUUGCAAAAUAUGCAUGAAAAUGUACUUAUUUAAGUGAAAUGUCAAGGUAUUGUAGAUAGCCUUGUUAGUGGAUGGUAAUAGUUACAAUUAAUAAAACUGAAACCAAUACAGGCGAUUCACAAAGGCGAAUUAGGUCGACAGAUUUCCUGCAUUGUGACUGGCCAACGCGUUGCAAAUGCUUGGAAGCGCACGAUUGUGAAACGCCCGUAUUGUAGACGAGAAUACAAAGUUUAAAAAAAAUCAGUAAUUUUCAAUGGUCCAAUUGCUAUUCUAGGGAACACGUGCUACAGAUAUCCCUGAAAUAUUUGUUUGGUAUCUUGCCACUAACUAUGUUUAUUGUUGAUUUUGAAAAGAUUAAAGUUUAAAGUCAAAAUUUAUUUAAAAGCAAUCAUGAACCAAAUCGAAUUAAGUUGUAAAAUGAAGACACAGUACAGUACUCUUCUUGAAAAGGAUAUUUUAAAGUUUAAUAUUUCAUUUGUACAUUGUUUUGAAAAAAGUAACCAUUUAAAUUUAAACUUUUUAAACUCUGAGAAAAAAACAAAGUACGAGACAUUUUGACUAAUGUAGUGACUAGUGAUUGAAUAGAAGAUGUAAUGCAUUUAAUAUCUUCGACGAAAUAAGUUGAUUUUAGCGGGUGUCGAUUUUUGGCUGUUGUAUUUUCUCUUGAUGCUGUUCAAUUGAAGGGUCCUUUUUGAUUUGGGUGAAUGUUUGUUCUACAUGAAGAAAUUUCACCGCAGGUUUUUCUUUAACUGUGGAAUGUAGAGAUGUGCUAACUAGAGUACUUCCAGAACUGAUGGGGAGAGCCAGGUGGUUUCCUUUCCUGAAAUCUAGCUGUGAUGAGGUGAGCUUAGAAUUAUGUGGAGUGAUUUCUCCCGUCUUGUACUUUCUUGUACUGUUUGAAGUAACUUUUGUAGCUAUUAGCUUGAAAUUCAGAAUAAAAGGCGCUGCCCAUGAUGGUUUCAG